AUGGGAGCGCGGAGCGUCGGGCGGGCGCGGAGGCGGGCGGGCCGGGGCGGAGCGGGGCCGCCAAGAUGGCGUACCAGACGUUCCGGCAGGAGUACCUGCAGGUGCCGCCCGUGACCCGGGCCUACACCACCGCCUGCGUCCUCACCACCGCCGCCGUGCAAUUAGAACUUAUCACGCCCUUCCAGCUGUAUUUCAACCCUGAGUUAAUAUUUAAGCACUUUCAAAUAUGGCGGUUAAUCACAAACUACUUGUUCUUUGGACCAGUUGGCUUUAAUUUUUUAUUUAACAUGAUCUUUUUAUACCGGUACUGCCGCAUGCUUGAGGAAGGCUCUUUCCGGGGUCGGACAGCAGAUUUUGUAUUUAUGUUCCUUUUUGGAGGACUUUUAAUGACUCUUUUUGGGCUGUUUGUGAACUUGGUGUUCCUGGGCCAGGCGUUCACCAUCAUGCUGGUGUACGUCUGGAGCCGCAGGAAUCCCUACGUCCGCAUGAACUUCUUCGGGCUCCUCAUCUUCCAAGCCCCAUUUCUGCCCUGGGUAUUGAUGGGCUUUUCACUGCUUUUGGGGAACUCCAUCAUUGUGGAUCUCCUGGGCAUUGCUGUUGGGCAUAUAUAUUUUUUCUUAGAGGAUGUCUUUCCCAAUCAGCCUGGUGGCGGGAGGCUCCUGAGAACACCGUCUGUCCUGAAAGCAAUAUUUGACACGCCGGAGGAUGACCCCAAUUACAACCCCUUGCCAGAGGAGCGGCCGGGGGGCUUUGCCUGGGGAGAGGGGCAGCGCCUCGGGGGAUAAUCAGGAACUGUGCCAAAACCCAGCCAACCCCUGCGAGAGACUGGCCUGGGUGCAGCCCAGCACAGAGAGGACUCUCAGCUCUAUGGUUUGGAAUUCAAGCACUUUAUGGAACAGCAGUCUCACCCCAGGCACUCCCAGCGCCUUUCCCCAGCGGGGAAUUCAUUGUGCUGGACGUAAUCUAAAUCCAGUGGAGCCAAAAAUUUAAAACUGGAAACGGUUUCCUGGUAACUGCAGUUAACAAGGCCACACAAGUACUUGUUUAGAGUGAUUUCUAAAGUGUUUUUUUCAGGUUAUUUGAUACAUGAAACUCUAUGGGAAACUUUACAGGGGACAAACCCAACUUUUUGGGUUUUCACUCAUUUUUUUUAUUCUUGGAUAAAACAACUACAAGAUGAUUGAAAGGCUGAGUCACUAUUUCAAUGGCAAAAGGUUUUUUAAUCUGA